AGCUCAGUGCGAAUUCAUUUGUCGAAGGCAGGUGACAACGCUACCAGAAUCUUUAGACUGGAAUAAAACAAUGACAAGCACAAUGGAAAUUGAGGAGCUUUACAAGUUCAUCUACCCGCUAGCUGUAAAGGCAGGUGAAAUACUACUCGAAGGCUAUCAAAAUUCUGGAAAAUCGGUGGCAUUGAAGCGCAACGAAUUUCACAACGUAGUCACCGAAUACGACAAUGAGAUUGAGGAGUUUCUCAUGACCAGCAUACUGGCAAGCUAUCCAGAGCAUAAAUUUAUUGGCGAAGAGGAUACGCACAAGAACAACAACAUAACCAAGGAGCUGACAGAUGCGCCCACCUGGAUCAUAGAUCCCAUCGAUGGCACCUCCAAUUUCAUCAAACAGAUACCCCACGUAUCGGUUUCGAUAGGACUCUCCAUCAAUAAGCAAAUCGUGCUGGGCGUUGUGAAUAAUCCAGCCCAGGGCAAGCUCUACACAGCCAAGUUGGGACAAGGCGCCUUCUGCAAUGGACAACCCAUUCAUGUCAGCAAUUGUGAACGUCUGAAUGAUGCCAAUGUGGCCUAUGAGGUGUGUCUGCUGCACGAGCCAACGAUUAGAAAGAAGCACAUCAAACGCAUAUACUAUGUGGGCUCUCAGGCGAGACGCUUGCUUGGCUAUUCCGCUGUGGUGGACUCGCUUUGCAUGGUUGCCGCUGGCAACUUGGAUGCCUUUCACAUUGAGGACAUGUACCCCUGGGACUGUGCCGCUGGCUAUCUGCUUAUACGUGAGGCUGGUGGCGUUGUUACGCAUCCUUAUGGUGGCGCCUUUGACAUUAUGAAGCCCGACUUGAUAUGCGCCGGAACAGAGGCGUUACGAAAGCAAAUUGAAACUCUUAUACGCAAGGCGGAUCAAGCUAAGUCUGUGGGAGGCGAAGAGGAUUCUUGAUUUAUAUACAUUUUAUAUUCUGGCUAAACUGUUUUUUUUUUUUGGUGUGGACAAUAAACAA